AUGGAAGGUGGAAAUGGCAGCGGCGCUGUGGCUAGCCAUGGGGCUCUGGACUCUGAGGUGGCUGCAGCAACAGUCUGGAAGAUUCUGCAGGAGGAGUGUUACUGUGAUUUUUUAAAUGAAGACUUUGAUGUAAAGACUUAUACUUCCCAAUCUAUUCAUCAAGCUGUAAUUGCUGAACAACUAGCAAAACUUGCUCAAGGAAUCAGUCAGUUGGAUAAAGAACUACACCUACAGGUUGUUGCAAGACAAGAAAUUCUGGCACAACCAACUGGGAUUGAGUGUUUGGAAGGUGUCCUUCAGAUGAUGCAGACAAGAACUGGGGCUUUACAGGGAGCUGUUGAUAGGAUGAAAGCAAAAAUUGUUGAGCCAUAUAAUAAAAUAGUAGCAGGUACUGCACAACUAGCAAGACUUCAGGUUGCCUGUGAUUUGCUUUGGAGAAUUAUUUGCAUCUUGUACCUCAGUCAGAGACUCCAAGGACAGCUGCAGGGGGGAAGCAGAGAGAUAACCAAAGCCGCUCAGAGUCUCAGUGAUCUUGGCAUUCUUUUUCACUGCUUUAGGGAGAAACGGAGUAUGGAAUUCAUACAGGGGACUGGAUCUCUCACAAGACAUAAUGGCAGCUCAUCCCUCUGA